UGGCGACAUGGAAGAAGUCACCACUGGUCACCUGGAGAAGCGUGAACUCCUGCAGCUGCGUAACGAGAUGGCAUCAUACUUUGCCAGGCCACCUGCUGUGCAGAAGGAUGGGAAACUGGCCUUACCCUCGUUGCCCUCACCCAUCGACCGUGAGAGGGCGUGUCAGGGCUGCCCUCACCUGCUGGUAUGCACUGCCCUCAACACAGCUCCUCCCUCACCACCUCAUGCCAUGGCUUCCCUCGUGCCCGCUACCCUCGCACAUCUACAACCU